AUGGAGCGCCGAAUAUCUCCAGCACUUUUGACCGAUGAAGCCCGCCUUAAGACAGUUGUCAAACUGUGUGGCCCAGAACGUCUCGCUGAGGCAGAGGCGUUGAAAUUCGUCCGUGCCAACACUUCUCUACCAGUUCCCGAGGUGUACGGUGCUUAUGUGGACGAAACCAUCAAUCGCGGUGUGAUGGUCAUGGAGUAUAUCGAGGGGGAUGUUCUUCGAGAUGUCAUUGAAGACAUGGACGCAGACCGGCGCCAAAAGAUUGUUUCACAAUUACAAGCUUACAUGUCCGAGCUUCGAUCCAUCAAAGGGGACUUCAUCGGCUCCGUCGAUGGAUCAGCCUGUGAAGACCCCGUCUUCUGUGCUGAGCUGGGAGGAUUCGGCCCCUACAAAAACGAAGAUGAAUUCAAUAAUGGGCUGAUCCGGGCAAUGGAGAUUCAAGGGAAGAAUUCCUGGCACACCCACAUAUCCAAGUUUCUUCGAGCAAUGCCUCCUCAUGAGAUAGUCCUCAGUCAUGGGGACUUCUCGCCACGCAAUAUCAUUGUCAAGGGGGACCGAGUUGUUGGAAUUGUGGACUGGGAGAUGGCAGGGUUCUAUCCCGAGUAUUGGGAAUAUGUUAAGGCGAUGUAUCAUCCAAACUGGCAAAGCCGCUGGAUCGAAGAUGGUCUUGUUGAUACCAUACUCAAGCCCUAUUACUUGGAGCAUGCUGCCAUGUUACAUAUGCAAGAGGCUGUCUGGUGA